AUGGAUUUCUCUGAGAAGCCGGCAUUUUCCCGUUCGACUUACCGGGAAAUCGUUGUCAGUACAUGGAAAGCUGGCAGCAAGCCCCGGAUCUCAUCGCAGCUUGAUCAGACAAACGCAACUUCACAAGAAGAUUUUCAAUAUCCAAGCUUUCGUGAUAUCGAAUGUGUUUUCCCUUUGGCUCUCUCAAAAGAAGAUGUGGAUAUGGUUCGAGAUUAUCUCAAAAAGGACAAAGAAGUUAAUGGAAGUGUUGAGGACAUGUUGCACUGGUUGUACGCUCAUCGACACGAGAUCAAUAAACAUUCUCAGCGAGUCGCACACGCGAUCUCUGCUCUUUCCGAGAAUGGCAUGCUGCCACAGAAGAAGCUGAACAAUAGUACAAAAAUGAAGAAAUUACAAGAAUCUCACGAUGAUGACCUCAUUUCGAUGAAUUCCUUCUCAAAUUUGAUUGCCGCGCUGAUGAUGGACUGCUAUGGUCAA